AUGGCCGUAACUACUGACGAAUUUUGGGAUAUUAUGAAUCCAGAUAAAAAAGAUCAAUAUGCUAUAAUUCAACCUACUAGGGAAUUGACAUUAUUUUAUAGCACCGAACAUGAUAGAAAAUUAGUUGAAAAAGUUGAAAAUAAAAUCAACUUGCAAGUGUCUUCAUCUUUUGGAGGUUCUGCUUUGUGCUUUGCCACACCUCGAGUUAUAACCUUACAUGGUCGCCAUUCAGCCGAUGUGGAUUUACUUUGCGCAAAUUAUAAUGGCAUUAUAAUUUCAACUUCUUCUGAUAGACAUAUUAUAUCAUGGGAUGGAAGGCAAGGCAUACCAUCAAAAAAACUUGAAAGAUAUAUGCGCCGCUGUGAAACAUGUAAAUGUGACAGUACUGGAGGAAUGAAAAAUUGUAUUACAUGGCCGGUUCGGGCAAUCUGCAUGAGUGAAAAAGUCGAUCUUGUCGCAGCUGGGUUCGAUGAUGGAGUGGUGCGAGUGUGGGAUGUAAAUUCAGGGCAAGUCAUUCAUAUUUUAAAAGAUACCGUUGAAGAUAUUGAGCAAAUGACGCCAGCUAAUACUUGUUCAACUAGUGAAAAAGUUGCAUGUUUGCAAAUUAUAGUACCAAAUUUAUAUUCCUCUUACGAUACGUCUGAAUCCAUGUCAGACAAAAAAACACCUGCCAUACUUUUGGCAACUUAUCAAAAUGGUUAUUUUCGAGAAUGGGAUCUUAUUUCUGGUCUGGUUUCCCAUACAGUUUUCACCAAUCAAAAGGGUGGUAUCAGUUGUCUUUUUGUGGUUGAGAAUAAUAAGCAAAAUUAUAUUCAAGAUGAAUUGCAUAUUUUUACUGGAGCACGGGAUGGGUCUGUCAAGUGUUGGAACAGAACAGUUUAUAAUCCGGAAAAUGAAUCUAGUAGUAAUAAUUUAUAUUGUAGAAAUAUGUGGAAAUUACUCUACACAAUACCGGGAAAUUUGGGAAAUGCAAUUACAAGUGUAGCUGCUAAAGUUUUCGAAAAGAGUUGCUUUGGUAUUGUUGUUACUGGAGCUGCGAACGGAGAAGUUAGAGUAUAUGAUUACCUCACAGGACAACCUAUAGUAACUUUAAGUUGUGGAAUUUCUGAGAAACACCAACAUGAAAAAGAGUGUGUAGGACGAUUUCAACGCAAAUCAUUUAUUAAUCAGGAUUUGUCUGAAGAGUACGAUUAUGAGCUUCCAGACAAGGCUAAAGAUAAUGUCUCUCACAAAGAUGCGAUUACUAAUAUUAUAAUUCACAAACUUAAGGAAGAGUAUUGUCCAUGUGGAUAUACUGUAGAGAAUGACGCUCGUCUUGUUAAAAAUCCAAAUGUGUCCAUUAAAAGAUGUCAUGGUGCUGAAGGCGAGUGGGAAAUUUGGAUUUUGGAAACUCAUUUUCUUGAACCGAUUGAAAGAAUCGAUAGUUCAGGAAAUUACGAUGAUAUCGAAUUUAAAAUUCAAACUGUCCCAUUGGUCAGCGAAAGUGAUUUGAUCAUAGAAGAACAGCGAAAAAAUAGAAAAAAUAGAUAUAAACAAUCUAAUCGAGAAAACGCAGAAGAAUUAAAAGGGUUUGUUAGGCGAUCGAAAACUAUCUUAACGAAAGGAAAAUUCGUCUUAAAUCCAUCAUUUCCUUUCGAACAUCAUAAUCAAAAUCAUACAUACGUUUACAAUCUUGAAGGUUAUAUGCAGGGUCAAGUUGUAGAUUAUAGGCAGAGAAAUAGAAAACGAAGCGGGAGCAUAUCAAAUCGUGUUUGUCCCGAUAACAUUAAAAACGAUCGAAAAUCAACGUCAGAGGAAGACGAAAUGGAUGAAGUAUUACCAUUCUCUUAUAUACGACAAAUUGUCAAAAUGGGUGAAUAUGGAAUAGCUAUCACGUAUGGCAAUUUUAUAAAAGUUAUUUUGUUUGAGAACCUGAACGAUGGAUAG